AUGACGACGAGUACGUCGCAGAUGGCUCAGGGACGGAGGCAGCAUGGCCUCUCACCUGCUGACGACUCGGCGUGCCACAAAGAAAGAAACUGGGCCAGGGAGGAAGAAGGCCGGGCUGCUGCCUGCAAGCACCUAUUGAGUAUAGGGGAGGGUAACAGGUACUGUUUUGUUGUCGUCAGGCCCAGUGCAGCAGAGCUGAUGUCACGCGGUGGUGUCUCGCCGCUGGCGCAAGCGUCGCUGCGUGGCGACGCGCUCACCGUGUCACUGCUGCUGGCUGCGGGCGCAGACGCGGACAGGGCGGGAGGCGGCGCCGGCCGCACGCCGCUCAUGCUGGCUGCUGCACAGGGGCACCUUGACGUCUGCACCAUGCUGCUGGAGCGUGGCGCCAGCUGGGAUACCAAGGACUGGAGCGGGUGCACGCCGCUACACUACGCCGUCGACGCCUCCCAGCUGGACGUGGUCCGCCUGGCUCUCGACAGUGGCGCAGACAUCGAUGCUCGCGACAACCAAGGCUGGACACCCCUGAUGCGUGGAGUGUCUAUGGAGAGCAGCGAAGAGGUCCUGCGGGAGCUGGUGGGCCGCGGGGCAUCCCUGGACGCCGAGGACCGGCGCGGGCAGACGGCGCUGAUGCAGGCCGUGCUAGCGACGCGUCGCGACGCCGUCUCCAUACUGCUGGCCGCCGGGGCCGGCCGCAAGCGCAGGAACCUCUACGGCAACACCGCGCUGGACAUGGCGCGCGCCAGGAACCUCAAGGAAAUCGUCCGACUGCUGAUGAACGCUGAAGAUGAUGCCAGGAAUGGCAAGCGCAAGGCAACGCCAGAGGAGAAGGAUCUGCAGAAACAAGACGCUCGACCAUCCUCCCACUCUGCUAUGGUCUUAGCGUCAGCGAAGGCGAAGGAGGUGGCCCUCUAAACCGAACGGGCACAGUCAGGCGAGACGAGGAGUAUCAUAAAAACUGGACACUGACUGAAACCUUUUGAACAUAACCUUGCCGGUGCUUGGAUUUUGUUGCACGCACGACAAAUUGUAACUACAGUCAGCUGUCGAAUAACAAUGUCAAAAAUCAAUUGCUGGCCGAUAUCUUGGAAGUUGGUAAGGAAAGGUGUACUCGCAGCGACGAUGUAUAAAUGAUUCAUCAUCCAAA